GGACCGACACCGGACGAAAACAUCGUUUUUUUUCAUCUUGUUUUCACCUUUCCCGCAUCUCAAGCAAACCCCCAAAACCCUCAACUCCUCGAUCCCUUCCCCUUCUCCGUUCAUUCUCCGAUGGAUGAAGAGGCUCCCGAGGAAGAGCAUUGUAAUAAAUCUGUGAUAGAGGAUUUUGAGACAGCUUGCUGGGGAUGUGGUUUACGCCUUCAUCUUGCAUCUUAUGCACCGGUCUUCAAGUGUGGAUGGUGUGGAGCAAUAACGGAUCAAAACCAAUCUGUGAGAAAGCCUGAUAGUGUUUGCUUUUCCUGGUGGAGGUGUUUGCGGGAUGGGUUCUUUGUUGGUCUUCUUUUUCUCUUUAUAAUCUUUGUGAUAUGUGCUGGUGUUUGGGCAGUAUACCCAGUUAUCUUUUCAGUUAGCUACUUUUGUGGUGUAUUCCAUUGCACACUAACAGCUAUAUUGUCUAUUAUCACCAUUUUGAGCUUCUACUUGGCGGCAUUCCGGCCAGCUGGUACACAAGCAAAUGUCCAAUGGGGUAGCUAUCCAGUUGUUGGAAAGGGUAGUCUUGAAAACUACACCUUUUGCUUGUAUUGUGGCAGGCCAAAAUCUCCGAGAUCACACCACUGUCGUUCUUGCAAAAUUUGUGUAUUAGACAUGGAUCAUCAUUGUCCAUUUAUAGGCAACUGUGUUGGAGCAGCAAAUCACCGAUCUUUCAUUGCAUUUCUUAUAUCUGUUGUAAUCAGUUGCACUUAUGUGGCUGCUAUGUCAAUCUACGCGGGUUAUCAUGUCUGGCCUCCUUUGGAGUACAAAUAUCUCACCUCGAGUAGAUCAAGUAGUCUGGGUGCUAUUGGGACAAUGAAGCUCAUCGCUGCUGCUUUAGCUGAUUCUACAUUGCUUUUGUCAGCAAGAGGCCUUGUUCUUAUCUACCUGGCAUUUGCAAGCUUGUCUGUUGAAAUUGGUAUCAGUGUGUUGUUGAUGCAGCAGCUCGUAUUCAUUUACAAAGGAAACACAUAUAUCAAUAGCUUAAGCUCAGAAAAUGAUGGGAAUGAAGAGAGGGGUUGCCAUAAUUUGCUUCGCUUUUUUGGUUGCCCUUAUUCAGUGUUCAAGUUCCUACUAGGUUCUGCAAAUGCUGUGAAGUUGCAACAAAGAUUGAGCUCCAAGCUCUUGUAAAG